AUGCGACGUCGUCGGCGAUACGCCUCUGCUCGUGGUUCAGCGCCAGAGAAAGAGCACAUGGUCUCCAUUCCUCAAUGGGAGUAUCCGGUUUAUGCUUCGGAACGCGUGAAGGAUCGUAAAUCGGUCUUCCUCGCACAUGCGUCGACCUUGCCGUCAGCUUCGGCACUGCCUCCCUUCAUUGAACAACUCUCUGCUCUCCCCGCCUUGAAGCGCGCCACGCACUACUACUUGGGCAACAGGAUGGAGGUGAAAAAGGAAGCGGAGAACGCCUUUCGCGCUUGCUGGAGGUUCUGCAAUGCGAAAACGUCGUCGUUGUAG